AUGGAAGCAGCGGCCAUUCGUUCAAUGCAGCAGGUCGGGCCAACCGGUCAGCGAACCGAUUCUGGCCCUGGCCCUUCACCGCAGCCACCCCCACCGGGAAUGUCUUACCAACAACGUGUGCAAACGGCAGCGGCUGCCCAAAUUCAUCGAUCCGUUGAAACGACGCAGAGUUAUAGCAAAGGUGGACCGACACCGUCGCAGUCGGUGCCUAGAUCGGCAACAAGCCCGCUGUCUCCGCCCCGGCCUGGGCCGGGUGCUGCCGGGGCCGCCAGUUACGCGUCGUACGGAGGCGUUCCGGCGCGCGAGGCGCCGAUGCGGUACGUCCAGAACAGUGCGUACGGUGGGUCGACUUACGUAAGAGAUGGACCGUUUGCUCGAGCGUCGCAGGUCCAGCCGGUUGUCACAGAAUACCGCCAGGGUGUCGUACCGCCGAUCCUCGGGGUGGCCAACGUAGUGUCGAACAGCAUGCCGACAUCGAUCGCCAUUGUGAACAGCAUGGACGUGGUGCCCCUGCAUGCGGUGGCUCACCACCAGCAGCAGCAGCAGCAGCAGGUGUCCACGGUAAUGGCACCGCAGUCAUCGUCAAUUGCGCAGCAAAACAGUGGACCCCUGUCGCAAUCCUCUCUGAUGGUGGCGUCCGUACAGCAAGCACCGCAGCCGCAGCUGGUCAUGCAACAAGCUCCUCCUCAACCGCUGCAAUCGACGAGACCGCGCAUUUCUCUACUUCACCCGAAUCCGGAUUACCAUCUGCAGGCGACGCGUUCGGUUGUGUCAACGGUUGUCGCUCCCGAUAGCACAGGUCCUCCCGCAUUUAAAAAGAUUCGGCUGAACGAGGUCGGCGGACCGCAGCUCUCGCAACAGGUGAUGGGCUCCGUAGGCACAGCAGUGAACAGUGCGACGACCUUGCUGAAGGUGGACACCCGGGAGCCUCCAGUUGUGAUGGUCCCGUCCGGUGCCUACCAUCCGCAGGUGGAAGCCAUCUCCCCCACACUGCCCAGUGACCCGAUGGAGGAGCUGAGGGCCACCAAGGAUGAGCUGCUGCAGCAGAUAGCCAAGGUGGACAAUGAUAUAGACAAGGCUGAGAAGAAAAUUGGGUCGCUGAAGAAGAAACAGGAGUCUUUGGAGGAGGCUUCGGCCAAGCCGGCUGUGGAGGAGAGUUCGUCCGAGACGCAACCGAAGCAUCGCAACCUUGUGCAGAAGAUCUAUGCCGAAAAUCGCAAGCGUGCGUCUGCAGCCCAUGCCGUCCUUAGUUCGUUGGGCUCGUUCGGUGUCGAUCUGCCGCUUUACAAUCAACCGUCGGACGCGGAGGUGUGCCGUGAGAUACAGGAACGCCAUCGAAUGUUCAAGGAUCGCCUUUUGGUGCACUUCCGCAAAAUUAAGUCCGAGCGUGCCGCGAAGCAGUGCGAGAUGACGGAGCGGUACGCCCAACUGUCGCAGGAUUGGGCAAAGCGGGUGGACAAGAUGGAAGCGAGCGCCAAGCGGAAGGCGAAGGAAGCCAAGAACCGAGAGUUCUUUGAGAAGGUGUUCCCGGAGCUUCGAAAGCAGCGGGAAGAUAAGGAACGAUUUAAUCGUGUAGGUUCUAGAAUUAAAUCAGAAGCGGACCUUGAAGAAAUCAUGGAUGGUCUUCAAGAACAAGCCAUGGAGGAUAAGAAGAUGCGCUCGUAUGCUGUGAUUCCACCUUUAAUGUUAGACUCCAGACAAAGAAGGCUAGUGUUUAAUAAUGAAAAUGGAGCGCUGAUAGACAUGGAAACGGAAUUCAAGGAGCGUUUGAACCUUAACGUGUGGACGUCCGGUGAAAAGGAAAUUUUUCGAGAGAAAUUUUUACAGCAUUCUAAAAACUUUGCUAUGAUCGCAGCCAGCUUGGAUCGGAAAAGCGCGCAGGAUUGUGUACGAUAUUACUACCUCAGUAAGAAGACGGAAAACUACAAGCAACUGCUAAGGAAGUCCCGGCAGCGAACGAGAAGCUCUAGAAACCCGGCGAAAUCAAACCAGCAGCAAACACAAUCGAUAGUGGAUGCGAUGACAACUGGUGUUACGACAAGACUACAACGUGAACAACAACAAAAGACUGUAGGCCGUGAUCGUGCCGCGAAUUCAACAAAUAGUACGAUAGGAAAUAAUGCAUCAUCCGCAGUUGCUGGUACUGUUACGACGAAUUCGUCUAACACAACGUCGACAAGUACCAACAAUGGUGGCAACAACAGUAGCAACAAUAAUAAUGCCAGCAGCAACAGUAGUAGUAGCAGCACAGGCAGUAGUAGUAGCAACAUUAGUAGUAAUAGUAUCAAUGUGAACCUUGGUACCGCUACUAGCACCAGCAACGUUCUGAACAACAAUGGCGGCUCCAGUUGCAAUUCUAUUUCCGCACCGUCACCGAUGGCUAUUUCGGGUAGUAGUACCGUUGUUCCAAUGCCUCCGUCAACCUCCGGCACAACCAAUGCCACUAGCAGUAGCGGCAGCGGGAACAAAGCUGCUUCCGUCAACAGUAGCAUAGUAACUAACUGUAACGACAGUGCAAACAGCAGCCGUACCAGCGACGGCUCUUCACAGAUCGCUAAAGACAGCGAACUGAGCACUGCACCAGUGGGAGUGAUGCCGUCGAGCAGUUCUCUGUCGCAAACGUCUGCCGCAUCACUCGGUGGCCCACCUAGCAUACGAGGAGGUGGUGUAUCAUCGCCGAAUUGUGCAUCCGCCCUCACCACUGUUUCUACUGGCGCCACAGCAUCGGCAGCUUCUUCCGUGCUGUUCGAUGCAACCCAGAAAGUUGUUGCCGGAACUGCAAGCAAUAGCACCGUCGAAGCGGGUGGCGGUACGUACAGGCCACCACCGACCACGAUAACGUUGCCGAUAAAUGGUGUUAAAACCGAAUUGCUGGUGACGAAUCCGGCGGCGAUGCUUGGCGAAGUCGGUGCCGCUGGUGGUCUACCUGUAUCGUCUGUUUGUUCUACUGCGUCGACUGUGGAAUUAACACUUGGUUCGGUGGUGGCCAGUGUCGUUAGCAGUAAGCUGAACAAUGUUAAAGAUGAGCUUCACCUCAGGGAAGAGACUGAAUCGAGCGAACCGUUAAAUAAACGGAAGGACGAAAUCGCUAACGAUGUUGGUGGUGCCGACGGUGGGCAAGACGAUAAAGAUAAACUGUCGGCGAUGGGACCACUGUACACGUGUUUCAUCUGCAAAACGGAACUGUGCUCCCGAACGCGACCCCUCGAGCGUAGCCGCGCGGCGCAAUACAGCAUCCCGGAGUCGGAAAUACCAUCCGGGGCGCGGAUCUGCAACAGCUGUCAGUGCAAGUCGGUGAAGUCACGCUAUACCCACUGCCCGCUGCCAACCUGCCCCAACCCGAAGGAUCGCGUGAAACGGUUCCGCAACCUGCCCCCACGGCUGUUCGAGCUGGCGCCGGAGAUUCGGGAUCCGAUCGUGCAGGAGCUACAAAUUCCGGCCAACGUGAGCAAAUGCUGUUCGGCUUGUUUGACGCGCAUCCGGCGCAAGAUGGGCUCGCACCUGCUCGGUAGCAGCAGUCUGACGGACGAGGAGAUGGAUCGAUUCAAGAAGCUGCUCCAGGAGCAAGGGCCCAAAUGGAACCAGCUGGCGGAAUCGCUGACAAAGCCACCGCUGGCGCUCAAGACCUGCUACUUUCACUACAAGAAAAAGUAUGGCCUCGAUGUAGCCCUAAACGAGUACUACAAGCAGCACCCGAGCGAGGACCGACGGUCGGCAAUGACGGACGGCGAUGAGUCGGAUCUUAGCGGUGGAUCGUCCUCGUCGGACGAGCGCGAUGCUAGCAGUGAUACGACAGCAUCGGCCGAAAGUCCCACGAGUGGCAGCAGCAGUGGCGGCGCGGUGGGCAGUGGUAACCUCAUUACUGUGUGCAAUGUGUCCGCCACGGUGACGAGUAGCACCACCAGCAGCGUUGCCGAGGCGCUGGGACGAUCCGCCGCAGAAGGAGCAGCGUCUGCCAUGGUCGGAAUGCAACCAACGGAAGGAGGUGGUAACAUCGCCAAGGUUGAAGACGGGCGCAUAGUGCUGGGUGUCGGACCGGCGAGCUUAGGAAGCAGCAAUCGUGGGAGCAGUGGGAGCGGCAGCGAGACGGCUAUCUCUCUUGCUGCCCCUCCGGCGAAGGCGGCCAAUGCAGUUUCCGUUUCGUCGACGAGUGCUGCGUUCGAGGAUGAUCGUUUGCUGCCCCCUGGGCAGCCGCAACCGCGCAAACCGCUACGUCACACGGAGGAGUACGAUAGUUCGGCCACGGAAACGGCCGACGAAGAGAACGAAUCUUCGCCGGCGAAUCGACACAGUCCCAAAGUUGCGCUACAUCAUCCACUGCCUCACCCGCACUAUCCGCCACCGUUGCACCAUAAUUCCAGUCUUUCCUUGCUGCACAACUCCACUCCACAGCAGCCUCCACACCAGCAGCCGCAACAACAACCGAAUGGUCCCCCGCGAUCGAUGGUCAGCGGCAGUGAUAUCAGCUCGACGCCUCAAAACGUUCGCGACGUGAUGUUGAACGUUAUUGAGCGAUCGUUCAAGAACGGCUCGCUGGCCACGGGAGGAAAACCACCGCCGCCAGGUUUGCGAGAUCUACAGUUUGGCGGUUCCGGUUCAACCGGGGGCGGUCCAACGUCAUCAUCUCCGUCGGCCGGCGCGGCGUCAAGCGUGCGCGACUAUCGUGACAGUCCCAAAGGGCACGCCGUCGGUGGAGUGGCUCCGACCGUACCGGGAGUAAAUGCACCCCCGGUAUCGAUGUCGGCUGGCCCAGGGGCUCCCGUGGUCCAGCAGCUGACGACGCCUGUAUCGUCCAUGGGCGUUACGGUUGUAAAUUCGCAUGGGCAAAUAAUUUCUCAGCCCGGGGUACAACAAACGCAACACACGACGAUUCCGCCACCGCUCGUGUCCCAUCCAUCGGUCCAUGGCUCGCUGAAUCAUCCGCUGGGUGGGCAGAUUCCGGCCACGAUUACUCCGAUUUCGCAUCCGAUCCAUCAGUCGGUACAAUCGACUGCCCUCAACGCCGGCCUACGAUCGAACGACGAACCUCAGACGCUGGAUUUGAGUAUCAAGAAAACGCCGCGUUCGAUGGCAUCAGAUACUGGCACCGGUGUUGGUGGUGGUACAAGCUCAACAGCGACAAAAGCCCAAGAGGUCACCUUUCCACCACCACCGGCCCACAGCCAUAACAGUAACAAUCACCAUGGCUCGAGUUCUGGCGCCGGUGGUGGUACUAGCAACAGCAACAGCCUUAUCAACAGUGGUGGUGGUAGCCUUGGCGGCAACAAGUUCCUCCUGGGUCUGUCGGGCCCACACAACACGUUCGGUGCGGGCGGUGCCGUGACCGUUUAUCGCACCGACAAUGCAUUUCCGGGACCUAACAUUCCAGCGACGGCACCAUCGGUCGGAUCGGCGGCUUACGUGAGCUACCUGCCAGUAGUGGGCGGUGCCUCGGACGUAAUGGGCCGUCCAUUGACGAAAUCGCCCUCGGGUACGACGUAUCUAACGAUCCCGCUGGGGCCUUCGUCGAGUGGCGGCGUGGUUCCCCUGCAAGUGGCAGGCAGACAAACGUCGAUCACGUCGCAUACUCCACCGCCGUCUUCGUUACCACCGCCCGGUAGCGGCGGACUGAAGGGCAAAAGCACGCCCAAGCUGAGCCCAAAAAUGUCAUCCGGUGGUACUGGUGCCGGCGGUGGAAGCGCCAGUGGCGUUAGCCUAGGCCCUAAAGGCGGUUCGAUCACUCACGGCACACCCGUAAGCCAGCAGUCGCAGCAACAACCGCAAAUCAUCAUCCAGGGGCAGUCGGCGGGCGCAACAACGCUAAGUCCGCGGUACGAAAAUCAUCUGCUCCGGCAAACACCACCAUCAUCCGUAGGCGGUGGUGGACGGCCGGGUGCAUCGUCUUCACCCAUAAUUGCGAACGAGAAGUUCAUCGGUUCGAUCACCCACGGAACGCCGGUACACGGUGGCGGUGGAAGCGGCUUGCUUCCGGAUAAGCGCAACUCAAACCAAGGGCCAGGCUCCGCGUAUGAUUACAAGAUGGUAAAUCGCCAAAGUCCCGCCCAAAUUGUGCCGGGUGUCGGUGGGGUUCACGUGUUGGCCUCGCAGUUUCCUCCCUACGGUGCAAGAAGUGCUAGUACCGGAGGCCCCGGUGGCCCAAGUGGCCCCAAUGUGCCUGCAUACGCUCCACUUGACAACACUUCGCAGCAGUUAAGCUCACGGCAGAUCAUCUUGAACGAUUACAUUACAUCCCAGCAGAUGCAAGGGCGCAGUGGCGUUGCAAACAGUGGCGGUGCGGGUCCCAUUGGGCCAUCGGGAGUACCGAUGGUGGUUGCACCAAACAGUGGCUCACGGUCAGGAAAGGAAUCACCCUCGUCACGCGGUGGUAACGGCCCUUCGAUGCCUCCUGGCUCCAUAUACGGGCUCGUCGGUAGCAGCGUGGGACCGCCGGGUGUCGUUACCAGACCGGGGCCCAAUGACUACCUCAGCCGAGCUUCACCAGCCGCAGACCAUGUUAACCGAAUCUCACCGGUGUACGGACAGAAUACAUCGAGUCCGCAUCGAACGCCUCCUCCACCGCAACGGCAGGGUGUCAUCCAACGGCACAACACUGGCAGCAGUAACAGCAAUAGUAGCAGCAGCAACAGCAGUGUUGGAAACACUGGUGGAGGAAUAUCCAGUGGCAUCAGCAGCGGAAACACUAGUUCCUGCAAACCGCCAAGCCCAGCACCGGCCAGAUAUCACCUGCAGCCUCCGCCACCACCGGUUUCCCAACACUAUCUGCAGGAUGGCUUCACUUCCUUCGUAGAUUUGGCCGUACAGCAGCCUCCGAUGACGGUUCCGCACAAGGAUGAUAACAAACGUACGAUAAUUGAACAGCACGCCCCACUGUCGGUAGGCUCGAUCGGUUCGCUACCGCCGUCCCAUCACCACGACAUUCGCUACCACCAUCCAAGUAUGAUUCAGCUGCACCACCAACAGCACCAGCAAGCGGCUGCAGCUGCUGCGGCCGCAGCCCAACAUCAUCAGCAUCUGCGCCAACAGCAGCAGCAUGUGCUAAUAUACGGAACUUUCUAUCAAAACAUAUGAAAAACCAAAACAAAGAUUGAUCUGCAACGUCGGCAUCAGCAGCAACACUCACCUUUGCAUCCAUCGCUUCAGCAGCUGGGGUACGCACGAGAAUCGCACCUAGAACAUCGAGACCGGCGUGAGGAGAUGCAUUUCCGGGAGCGUGCCGAACUGGAGCGCACGAUUUUGGUUGAGCGGGCCGAGCGCGAAAGGGAACGGGAACGGGAACGCGAUCGAGAACGGGAGCGUGAGCGGGAGCGCGAGAGUGAAAGGGCGCGUGAACGGGAACGCGAACGGGAGCGCGAACGAGACCAGCGUGAACGACGUGACCAUCUCGAAAGGGAGCGUGAACGCGAGAGGGAACGGGAGCGUGACCGCGACCGCGAGCGGAUGGAACGACAUCAGGAAGCGGACGAUCGCCGUCGGAAGCAGCACUACGAAGGAUUUAUGCCAGACCGUCGGGAACGAUCAAUCGAUCUUGCCGGUGUUCGGAACACUUCCGAUGGGUCGCUAACAGCAGCGAACUUGAUUGACGCAAUCAUAACCCAUCAAAUUAGUCAAACGGCUGUAGAUCCUCCUUUACCAUCGAGUCGGGACCCGCAUCGCUCGGCUUAUUUCUCUUCGCGCGAUCACCGGUCAUCGGCUGUGCAAGCUAUGAGUGAGAACAACGGUAACAAAUCUCACUCGCCAAACGUGAUCAAUAUAGAUCUGGACCCGGAAUCAGCCAUGCACCAUCAUCACCGGCGUGACGGUGGGGCUGUGGUUAGUGGGAACAACGUCAGUGGCCUGAAAAACAUUACGCUUGGCGAACUGACCGAGUCGAUCAUUACGAAUGAUUUCACGACGAACCCGAACCCGUUUUUGGCGCUACGCCCACCGACCAUUCCUUACGGUGCCGCCGGUACUUCGGGAGCCGAGUCCAUACUUGUGACUGACCAGUGGAAGCAUCGUCGUCCUGCAGCGGUAACAACGCCUGGCAAGGAGGAAACUAUGCAAAAGCAGCACGAUGCACAGAAAGGUCCCGGACGGCAUACGCCACAUGAUCGGCACAUCAUUCGUAUGGCCCACUCGCCGGGACCUCGGAAUAAAUUUCACGAGUCCGUAUCUCCUGACGCACCCUCCUUCUACCACCCGGGAACAACGUUAGGCCGCGUCGGAACAAGCACCAACCCUGGUGCUGGUGGUAAUGUGAGCGUGCGAGAUAACUUUGCGCUUGAUUUUUACGUAAAAAAUCGUAUCGUUGAAGCCAUGCGCACGGAAGAAGGAGGCCAGCGCGUUUCCGAUCCGUCGAUGGUUGUGCUAGUGGAUGGAGCUGGUGGCCGUAACGAACGGCAGCAGUCACCGAGAAGCUUUCAUAACCACUCUCCCCAUCGCCAAUCACCGGCGCACCAUCAAGUAAAAGAGGUGAGCGUGGAUCGCAGCGGAACACCGGUGGCAGGCGGCGGCGACGGGCAGCCAGCGUCACGUGAUGAACAGUCUUCUCCGCACGUUACGUCGUUAUCGGCGCCAGCUUCUUCGGCUGCGGCUGCAACGACAGCGAGUGUGGCCACGUCGCUGGUUAGCUCCAUCGUGCACAAUGCGUACCAUCAGCAACCGAUCACAACGUUCACUACACCGCCAACGUAUGCCUAUCCGUUCAGUGCUCUCACCGUCGCCGGCGGAGCGUCCACUUUGCCGGUACCGCUAGUAGGUCCAACAUCGGGUCACGCCACAAUGUCGCUGUCGUCGUCGGCGUCAUCGAAAUCCGGUUCCAUUGGCGGCGGUAGUGGCAUCAAUAGCAACAGUAGCAAUACACCCGUUGGACUUAAAUCCGGUAACAGUAUGUCGUUAAGUGUUAGCGGGGCUGCCGGUAGCAACGCCAGCGUGAACAAUGCUGGAAGCAUGGGAAAUAGCGGUAGUGUUUUGGUUGACGAUCGACACCAUCCGACAGUUCUGGAACCGAAGCCUCUCCUGUCAGCUCAAUACGAAGCACUCAGCGACGAAGACUAAGAUGCAGAAGCAUUUUCGAGUGCGAAAACUUUCAAGUGUAACGCAGCUGGACCUAGUGUCUGUUUAAAUAAAUAUGCUGCCCCUCCCUUUGUCUCUCUGUGUGUGACAUAGUGAAAAGGGUGACGUGGUGUGUGGAAUCCAGGAAACGCAAUGCUUUGGACAUAUCAAGAACAAUUUGGUCUGGUAAGCCCGAACGAUUUUGCUACACCGCAAUAUAAACAGUAUUCCUUUUUGUGACUGGGUCGAUGCUCGGGUGAGCACGUAAAGCAUCGCUCGGGUCUCGGCAUCUUGCAACGCGGACC